AUGAAAGAUGAGAUUGAUGAGAGGAAUAGAACAGACCGACAAGAUAAUGGUAUCCUAUUAGAGAGAAUAGGAAUAGGUGGGAAAGGUAGAAAAGAAAGAGUAAAAGAAGAAAAAGAAGGAGAAAAAAAAGAAAGAAGAGAAAGGAUAGAAUUCUGGUUAAGAGGAAAAGCGAAUAAAAGAGGGUGUAAGGGCCAGCUAGGGGCAAAAUAUGAGACUUGGAGAGAGAAUUUCUUCACUCAAGACGUCAACCAAAUUGAAACUCUAGCUGAAAGCAGUAAAAACAUUCAAAUUAAAGUAUACGUAUCAAAUAUCGAUGUUGGAUGUUGA